AUGGCGCUGGAUUUAGUCAGCAUUGCCCAACCGCACUACAUACCUGGGUACACCGGUCACUGCCCCGAGUACAAGUAUCGCAUAGGCAACACCUAUGGGUCCACAACUCACAAGAUCCUCCUGGACCCCAGCGUACAGCACUCCGAGAGGCUUGUACUGUCUGACAGAACUGCUGAUGACUUCCAGAUCUACCGACCACCACAAACAGACAUCGAUGUGGUUAACGCAAGGUUUCGCAAUGGGGAUCCAGUCUACAAGCAUCCUAUGAUACCAGGGUAUGAAGGGUUCCUCCCACGAUUGAAUAACCACUUUGGACAGCGGUACACUGUCGCUGCGACAGAAGCGCUGUCAGAAUUUCAAAGGGUUCAACUCAACCAGAGAGCAGCAAGGAACCAGUUAGAAAGAGUGGUCGACUUGCAAGCCGGGAAAGGACAACCUUGGGACCUGCUCGAUAGAUUCUCCGCAACAGCCGAGUUCAAGCUCCCAUUAGUCACUGUGCGACCAGAAUGUGCAGGAAUAUUACGUGACGUACCAAUGGAUGAACCAAAACUGUCACCAGCAUCACAUUCUGUUAGUCCAUACUUCUUGGAAAACGGUCAUCCUGAAAAAUAUAUCAAGAAAGGAUUUUCGGGUCAUGUUCCAUACGGUUUCCAAAGAUUUGGUGAGUCGUCGAAGAAGCUCACAAACUCUGCACUUUGUGAUUUUUCAUCUAACUACAGGCGAAGACAAAGUACUGAAUGGGCACCAGUGAACGUAGUCAAACCGGACCCGCCGCUGUCAAUAAACCCGACGGAAAUCUACCACAAGCACGUCGGUAUGCUGCCAAACUACGCCGGUCACGUUCCUGGGUGCAUGUUCAGGUUUGGGAAAACCUACGGGAAUGACACAAGAGACGCCAAACGGUGGCUUCGUGGAGAUUUCACCUCGUAA